AUGGAAGAUAGCAAACCAGUGGUAACACCAGUUGGAUCUCAAUUCAAGCUGAAGAGUUUGACUCUAGAGGAAUGGGAAAGGCAGAAACAUUUGAUGGAUACAACUCCUUAUGCGAGCGCAGUAGGAAGCUUGAUGUAUGCUAUGAUCGUAACUAGACCAGACUUGGGAUUCGCAGUUGGGCUAGUAAGUAGGUUUAUGUCUAAACCAAGCCGAGAGCAUUGGGAAGCUGUUAAAUGGGUUAUGAGGUAUCUUAAAAGAGCUUCAGAAGUUUGUCUAUAUUUUACUAAGAAUGAUCAGUUCCAGGUGGAGGGCUUUUGUGCUUCUGAUUAUUCUACAGAUCGUGAUAAGAGAAGGUCAGUGACGGGUCAUGUGUUUCAAGUUGGUGGGAACACCGUGAGCUGGAGAUUAGCCUUGCAACAUGUUGUAGCUCUCUCUACCACAGAGGCUGAAUACAUGGCGCUCUCAGAAGCUACGAAAGAGGGGUUCUGGGACAUUUUGGAUUUCGGCCUACUCAAGAUUCAUACUACUCUAAAUCCAGCUGAUAUGCCAACUAAAGGAUUGCCUGGAAAUGCGUUAGAGAAGUUCCUCGUAACGCUGGGGGUCACUGCCUGA